AUGUAUUCUGCUACUAAAAUUCGAACAGGCCGUUUGGGAGUCGUACUGUGUAGACAUUUAAGUUCAGCUGAAAUCUCCACCGCCUUAAGACCAUUUUAUUUCAGUGUCCAUCCAGAUCUCUUUGGAAAGUAUCCAGAACAAAGAAAAACAAAUGAAAAUUCGUUACAACAAUUAAGUGCUCUAAUAGAGGCUCAACAGUCUAGUCGAACAAUGUCAAUACCUGCCCUCUCAUUUUAUCUAAGAAAAAAGGAUAUGCCUGAAGGUCAUUUCAAAUUAGUAAAAAUUAAGCUAAAUGGUAAUAAUGUUAGAGAAACUGUAGUAAAAGUUUUAAGUGCCUGUGAUAUAUCAACCGGUUAUGUGGAUAAAAUACCAACAAACACAAUUAAAACCGAAUUUAGCAAACAGGAUUUUGCAAAGGCGUACCAGGAAUAUAAUGAUGAAUUUGAAAAGGUCUCUCACAUGAAAAGAAAAGUUGAAGAAAAAAAGGCCAUCAAUAACAUAGUGAAUUGGAUACAUGAAAAUAGUGAAUUAGCAAAGGAAAAAUAUGAAUCCACAAAAGCAACAAGAGACCAUGUCCACUCCCUCACAGAGGAUCUUUGCAAAAGUUAUGGUAUAAAAGAAGUUAAAUAUGACAGUGGUUGGAACAUAAGCCACAUCAGAGGUGCACUGCAAAGCCUUGUCUCCUUAGCCUCACAACAUUCGAAAGAUAUGAUAAACUUAAAAGGCAGGACAAUAGCAUUGGGUCAAUUUACAGGCGUUAGCUUGGAUGGUGAUGUGUUCCUCAACAUCAUUGACGUCAGAAAUGAAUGGUUGUCGUUAAUUAAGAAAGUAAGUCAACAAGAUGGCGCGUUAUCACAAAUACCAAACUACGAAAAGGCUCUAUCGACAAUUUUACGUGAUAUUCACAUUUGUCGCAGGAAGUUCAUGCCCAAAGUAUCAGCAAUACAAUACUGCAAUCAUUUGAGGCAGUUGAUAACAUCGAUUGGUGACUUCUAUGGACAGGGGAAGAAGUUCCCGUCAUCCGUGCCAGAUUCCCUUAGCAAAUAUGAAAUAGUUGUUGAACCUGAAGCGGGACCUUUAAUGGUCUCCCCGACCGGCCAGUUCAUAACUCCGUCUUCGUGUCCUGCCGACGAGCUAGUAACAUUCAUCGCGAACCACCUGGAUGAAGCCACCCUGCUGCUGACAGAGUACAGCAUAAACAAGCACGUGGAGAAAGCUUUAUACAUUGAGGUAAAGGAGCGCUACGGGCUUCUGGAGCUUCACAAAGACGACAGCAUCACGCCGGCGCUGAUGAUCAUGUGCUGCCAAAGGUUGCUCACUCGGAUCGACAAGCUGAACACGAAACUGCGUGGAAACAUACUUUACGUCACGCAUUACUAUUCCGUUCUAUCGGAGGGCGUCUUAUGUAUACCUUGGGACUUCAAG